AUGAAUGUUUUUCUGCCCCUAAGGUUUCUGAAGCUGUACCCAUUAGAUGUGGUGGAGGGAGGAGAUCAGCGAAGCCAGAUUCUGUUGUCGGACCUGGCUAAUCAGCUGGGUGUGGAGAAGCGAAGGAUAUAUGACAUCAUCAACGUUGUGGAAAGUUUACAGAUGGCCACGAAGGUGGGUAAGAACUUGUACUCGUGGACGGGUCGCAGGAAACUGGCUGACACUCUUAGCCAGCUGAGGGCAUAUGCUGAACAAGUGGGCCUCUUACAAUAUGUGCGCAUGCAGCAGUACCAACGCAAGUUGUAUUUAACACUUAAAAAUGGAGAAUUGGAAUCAAUGGAAAGCUCAAUGUUCCUGGAAAAUUCAAAUAUUGCCAGUUUCUUCAGGAAUGAACGAAGAAUUGGAAUUCUGUGCCAAAAGUUUGUCAUGUUGUUCCUGGUAUCUUUAAAAGAUGGACUUAUCAACUUGGAGCUCGCCGCACAGGUACUGGUUGGAGACGAUUGCUCACAGAACAAGACGAGGCUGCGGCGACUCUAUGACAUCGCUAACAUUCUAGUUUCACUGGGUGUCAUCUCUCGACUGGACCUAGGUGGCGGGUGGAAGAAACCUGUAUUCAGAUAUGCUGGCCCUCCACUACAACAUUUGGACAAUUUGGGUGGUGAAAACUCAGUCCUCAGUGACCUUGUAAAGGCAGAAUUGUCUGACGGCAUUAGCUCUGAUCUUUCAGAGGACAGCAAUGGGGUGUCAUGGAGACAAGACGAGGCCAACAGCAACCCUGUGCCGGGAACCGAUCACUCAUAUUCUCUCGACACGUCUCGGUCAGCCGAAAGAACUGCGGUGUCAAAACCUGCGGCGAAGAAGCGACUUGUUUUUUUUCCGACUCAUUCAAAGUAUUACAGAGCAGCAGAAUAGUAACCAUGACUACAGCUCCUUGCGUGCAAACAGUAUCGGUAGCUCCUACGAAAGCUGAACCGGUUACGCGUAUCCUCAGAGUGAUGGGUCAAGGCAGUAAACCCCAACCCAUCACAGACGGUGGAGUGUACAAGGCUGUUAGUGUAGGCAAUGAUAUUCAACUUAUCAGAAUUGACAGCUAUUAAAUAUUGUUAUCUCAAGUGCCAAAGAUAGAGACAAAUAUAAUGAAAUUAAAAUUAUAACAAAGAAAUAAUUGAGAUGAAAAUCAUUAUGUUUUACCAGCUUUUUGUAAUAUGUUUUAUUACAGUAAAAACUUUAUUUUUUAAAAUCUGAUUGAUUAGAAUUUUUGUUCACGUUUUCUUGAAUAAUAAAAAUAGUGUUUAUAACAUGGCAAAAAAUAAUGCCAUAGUUGAUUAAUAUUUGUUUGUUACACUCAAAUAUAUGGGAAAAAGUAAAACAUGUAUUAGUUAUGUAUAACUAAUUUAAAGAGAGGAUUUUUUUAUUUAUGAGAUUACCAACCAUGGGAAAGUACAAUAGUUCAACACAGUGUUUUGUGAUAAUGAUUACAUAAAUUAUUUAUUGUAAUUUUAAUACAAUGUUUUAAUUAGUGCGAGAAAGAUAUUUAAGUUUUUUAAGAAAAAUUAUAAAUUUAAUUUUUAUGUCUCACUUUUUUAAUAGUCGAUCCUACUAUUGUAAUCAGUUUCAGUCAUUUCAACAUAUGAUUAAAUUAUGUUUUACUUUUUUAAUUUUGAAGUUGCUUUUGAUAGAUUACAUUGUUUAAUGUUAAAUUUGUUUGUUUUAUUUUGAUGAAUAGCUAAUAAUAUAUUCCAAUUGAUUGUUGGACCAAACUAAUAUUGAAAUUAUCACAAUACUUCUGCUCUUGGCAUGGCUGUGUACUUUUUCAUAAACUUCAUUACCAUCGUUUUGUAAUGCUAUUGAAUAAAUUCAUAAUGUUAGUUUGUGUAGCAAAUGUCAUAAUAGCAAGUGCUGGCUAAACACACUCGAGUCUGUUUUAAUUAGUAUUUCAAUGGGUUGUGUAAUUCUUCAUUGUUUGAUAUGGGUGUUGGUAAAAUUAGUAUAGUUGUAUAAUUUUGUGCAAUAAUGUACAAGUCAGCUUGGUUGGUUUAGAAUAAGUUGUAUACUAUAGUUUUAGUCUUUGUAUCAUAAAAUGCUGGUGUACUUGAGUUUAGAUUAACUCACUCAAAUAUUAUUUUCUCAAUCAAUUGUUAUCCAGUUUACUGACAGGUACAAUGUUCUUUUAUGUACAAAUUAAUUUUGUACUUACAGAUUGAAUAGUUUGCCAUUAUUUUUUAGCUCUUUGAUUAUGUGUCACUUACUAUGAAAUGCCGUAUACAUGAUAUAUUGUAGCUUUCCAGUUAAUAAUAGAUCACCAGUUAAAACUGAUUUUCUCUUUCCUUUGCAAACUAUCUUUCAAAUCGUGUAUCUGUGUAGUAAUCUGAUAUCUGUUUGAUUUAAAUCGACAAUUUCCGAUAUAAUACUAUUCCAAAAGACUGUUAUUAAAAUAAAUUUUAUUUGCAUUUAGUUUUAUUUUAGUAAGGAAAUGUAUUUUGUUAUUUUAGGUUAUAGGCCAUCAUUACCUGUAUUAUUGUAAUGCCUUUCUUACUUUAAAGGUGUUAUUUUGUAAGUGGUGUCUUUAUAAGCCAUUUGCUCACUUGUAUAUAAGAUACUCCAUCCUUGUAGGUUUAAAACUCAUCUCUUUCAAUAUGAAAACAAUCCUAGUCACUUUGUUUUUAUUGAAAUGUUUAAUAAGAGGUUAGUUUCGCUGUUGUUCGGAAUCUUUCUUGACAAGAUUUGAAGAGUAAAAUUAUAUACAGU